AUGGAGACUUGGUUGAACCAAUCAUCAUCCACAGAUGGCUUCAUUCUUUUGGGCAUCUUCUCCCACAGCCCAACUGAUCUUGUCCUUUUCUCUAUAGUUAUGGUGGUCUUCACAGUGGCUCUCUGUGGGAAUGUCCUCCUCAUCUUCCUCAUCUAUAUAGAUCCUCGGCUUCACACACCCAUGUACUUCUUCCUCAGUCAGCUCUCCCUCAUGGACCUCAUGCUGAUCUGUAACAUUGUGCCAAAGAUGGCAGCCAACUUCCUGUCUGGCAGGAAGUCCGUCUCCUUUGUGGGUUGUGGCAUACAAAUUGGCUUUUUUGUCUCUCUUGUGGGAUCUGAGGGGCUCUUGCUGGGACUCAUGGCUUAUGACCGCUAUGUGGCCAUUAGCCGCCCACUUCACUAUCCCAUCCUCAUGAAUCAGAGGGUCUGUGUUCAGAUUGCUGGGAGCUCCUGGGCCUUUGGGAUAAUAGACGGUUUGAUCCAGAUGGUGGUAGUAAUGACCUUCCCCUACUGUGGCUUGAGGGAGGUGAACCACUUCUUCUGUGAGACGCUAUCCUUGUUGAAGCUGGCCUGUGUAGACACUUCCCUUUUUGAGAAGGUGAUAUUUACUUGCUGUGUCUUCAUGCUGCUCCUUCCCUUCUCCAUCAUCGUGGCCUCCUAUGCUCGCAUCCUGGGGACGGUGCUCCGAAUGCACUCUGUUCAGGCCCAUAAAAAGGCUCUGGCCACCUGUUCCUCCCACCUGACAGCUGUCUCCCUCUUCUACGGGGCAGCCAUGUUCAUCUACCUGAGGCCGAGGUGCUACCGGGCCCCUGGCCAUGACAAGGUGGUCUCUGUCUUCUACAUGGUCCUUACUCCUAUGCUCAACCCCCUCAUUUACAGCUUGAGGAACCGUGAGGUGAUGGGAGCACUGAGGAAGGGGCUGUACCGCUGCAGGAUUGGCAGCCAGCACUGA